AUGAUCUAAAAUGCUAUUUCUUACAACUUUGAAAAUCACUCUUUUCUAAUCGACUAUCUAAUAUUAUAAGAUCUUACUGAAGAAGCUAAGUAAACUUUGUUAUAUUUAUUUGAAUAGUACAAAUAAAUUUAAGAUGAAUUACAUCUUAAGUAAAAUUUUUUUAAUAUUAGAUUCCCAUUUUCAAAUUACAUCAAAGUUGCUAAAAUUGAAAAAAUUAUUUCUAAACCAAAUGGUCUAAACAUUUAAUAUUAUUAUGAUGGAUUAGACGGCGAAAAAUUUGAGAUUUCAUAUAUAGAUCAAUAAUCUAUAAUAGAUGAAGGAUUUAGACUUGCUUUUCCAUUGGCUUUAAAUCAAUAAGACUUAAAAAAUUUUGAUAUUACAAAUUUAAAAAGCGUCUUGUUUAAUUUAAUAGAGAUCUUUUAUUGGUCUGCUAAUUGUGGGUAUUUUUUCAUUUCUAAAUAACUCUACUAGAUUAUUUUUUGAUCCUUUUAAAGAUAAUCUGUAUUAUCAAAAAGAAUCAGAAUUAUUCUUAUUUUUGCCUACAUUUUCUUUGAUUGUUAGAUAUUUAUUUUAAUCUUAAGAAAAAAAUACAGAAUAGAAAUUCUUAGAUUUUCGAUGCAAAUUAUAUUAAAAUGCUGUAAAUAAUUUUAUUAAAAAUAGACAUAUAAUUUUUUAUCAAACUUUUAUUAAGAAUUUUAAAGUUAACUUAAGGAUUAAGAUGAAGAUUUAAAAUUUUUUUAAGAAAAUUUGUCAAAAAAUAACAAUUUUAAUGUUGAAUAGGAUUUGUUAAAAAUUGUGGAUGAGUCAAAAGGAGUUGAUUUUCUACAUAAAGAGGAAAAAAUAAAAAAGAAAUAACCUAGAUACAUAUUUAAAUAAAGUAUGUUGUUAUAUUAGUUAUAAAACAAUAAAAAGUUAUUAGAAACAUUUAGAAAUUUUAAUAGUUAAGAUUCGUUAAUUAUAAAUGGUUAAUCAAAAGAAAAAUCUUCUUCAGAUAAUAUUUAAAAGCAAAUAUUAAGUAAUUCUAUGGAAGAAACUUUAUUAAAAUAAUUUACAAUUCUAACUGGUUUUUUUAAUGGAUUAACUUAAGAAUUUAAUUCAGAAAGUAGUGAAAUAUUUGGAAAAUUUAUGUCAAAGAUACAUGAAUAUUUAUUAUCAAAUAAGAUAGCUGAAGAUAGAAAAGAUUGGAUACCAUUUAAUAAAGUUUCUAAUAAUAAACACAAAGUAAAAGUUUUGAAAAACGAGAAAAAUUUAUUUGAAUUUACAUGGUCAAGUUUAAUAAAUAGGGUUUAUAGACCUUUAACGAGUAUAAAUUAAUAAUAGAUGGCAAUGAAUAAUGCAAAUAAUUAAUAAUAGAUUUCUGAAGAGGAUUUAUAAAUAAAUUAUCUAUUUGAAUGUAAUCAAUCUAACAUUAUAAUAAAACUAAUAAUUUCACAAAUAUAAUUUUCAAUAGAUACAGCAGAUGAUCUGAUGUAUUUAUCAAAUAUGAUUGCAAAAGAACCAACAGCAAUAAAUAUAUAUGUGGAUGAAUCUAGAAGAUUAACCUUGUAAACAUCAAUAACAUUGGUAUAAUAAAAUAAUUAAUAUUAGGUUGCUCCAAUGGAAAUAUUUAAAAUAGCAAUAAAAAUAUUUGAUAUACUUUAAAUAUAUUAUCACAUGAUAUUAGAUUUUUAUCUUUAAAAUAUAUAAUUAGGAAGAUUAAUAAAGGAAAAUAAAUUUAAAUCAUUUGUAAAAGAAAUUAUACAUUAUGUAAGUGAGUAUGAAAUUGAUUUUGAUGAAUAAAUGAAAAAGACUUAAGAAUAAAAUCAAUAAUAAAGCUAAUAAUGA